AUGGGGGCGGCACCUGAAAAAAUUGUUUUUGCGAAUCCGUGCAAGCCAAUUUCUCAUAUAAAUAAGCAGGACAAAGUGGACAGAUGUCCAAUAUCAAAUCCUGUGACUUUUCAUAAAUGUGAGUUUAUGAAAGGCGAAUGCGGCUGGAAACAAUUACGAGCUGUUGACUUUACCGACUGGGAACGUGAUGCUAAAAUAGGAAUGGUUCUCAAUUCCAAAUAUGAGAACAUUAAUGGCCAAUAUGCGAAUAUGAUUAUUCCCCCGAUGGUGCAAAUCUCAUUUGGAUACAAUGGUUCAUACACCGGAAAUUUAUACGUUAUGGUCAUGUAUCCGAAGUACAGUGAUAAAUUAAAAGUAAUCGAUACAAUCAACCCACAGUCGGCUUUACUUGGACCACUUACUAUUACACGUUAUCAAAUAUUCUUUUCUCCUCUAUAUACUGAUUAUCAGCACUCCGGUCGACUUAACGCUAAUACUUUGACACCAAAUAAAAUUUGGAGAAAUAACCGAACAACAAUUUAUUUCAAAACAAAAAUGGAGAGAAGUAUAAACCGAACAACCGCACAAAUACUUAGCUUUAAGUAUUAUUAA